AUGAACAUCCAAUCUCUUCUCAACUCCCCCAGUGGUAACAGUCGCCAGAAUCGCAACACAGGCCCUCGAUACGCUCAGCUUGCACAGCAUUACCCCGCGCAUGGUGCCAUUUUAAGGAGACAAAAGCUGGCGAAAGAUGCUCCAGUCUUCUCUGAAGGCACCAAGACCGUAGGUUAUGUUAACUACCCACCGCAUGAGGCUGGCAACAACCGUGAUCUCCAAGCUUGCCAUCGCGAGUUUCGUGUCUUCCCACUUGGUGAGAUCCUGAGGAAAGGCGUGCGACACAUCCCUUACGCCAGCGACAAGAAGGACUUUCUCAACAAAACUGGCCGCGACGCUUUCGAAGUCUGCCAGUAUACGUACAAGAGACCUGGCGAGGACAAGGAGUACGUCGUCGUGUGGGACUACAACAUUGGCCUCGUCCGAAUGACACCUUUCUUCAAGUCGUGCAAGUAUUCGAAGACCGUACCAGCGAAGUCACUGAACCAGAAUCCGGGCUUGAAGGACAUCAGCUACAGUAUCACCGGCGGGGCCCUGGUCUGUCAAGGCUAUUGGGUGCCGUGGCAAGCCGCCCGUGAGAUUGCAGCGACCUUCUGCUGGGACAUUCGUUGGGCAUUGACACCGGUCUUCGGCAACGACUUCCCUCAGAUGUGCCGGCCUCCACACGACCGCAGCCUUGCCAAAUUCGUGAUCAGUCCCGAUACUGUCCGAUUUUGUGCUUCAGAGACGGCCCGGUUCAAGGAAGAGGGAACGUCAUAUCAACUCUUGUCACCGCCGAAGGCGCCGUCGCCUGUCACAACAUCUGUGAGGCCAGUCUUCUCUUCGCCGGUGUGGAAGCUAGGUGCCUAUUCGCCGGGCCAGGAGAGCGGCUACGGCACGGACAUCGAACACAACAGCAGGCUUGGCUUCUCUCGUCACCUCUCACCACGAAGUCAGUACAGUCCUAGUGGGUUCACUUCAGUGAACGGAGCCGGGUCGCCUACCUUUUCGUCAACCUUCUCAUCGCCAGUCGUUCAGUACGUCCCACCGCCACUGUUACUGCCGACCCCUUCUCCAGAGGACACAUACUCUGGGAGAUUCCGAACAAAGCGCACGCACUCCAAGGUCGCAUACAGCGACAGUAACGCGCAUAUCGUACGAUUCGACAGUCCGCAAGAGGAGGUGCAAACCACCACGCAGAAAGCGGAAGAGGCUGCGACUCACUCUCCUCGAACUCUCGAGGUGGCUGAGACUCUGAUGUCCAUGGGCGCUGUGACAUGCAACAAAGCUGCUCUACCAGAAGCCAAGCGUACUCGUCGCAACUCCUGGUACUAGAUGCAUCUCGCCUCCCUCCGGACGGGCGAUGACGCACGUCAACAAACACCAGCGUGGCUCCUCCUCCCAUCUCAAGCUUCCGAUCUUGAGCGUCUAAUUUGAGAGCUACGCACCUCUUACUCUGUCUCUUCAGCAUCCAUAACUAGUCUUUUGUCCGUCCUUUGGUUGGCAUUUUCGUCCUUCAGCAUACAUCGUUGGCACACUCGCUUCGCUUGCAUCAGUUCGGUAGUCUCGCUUGCUUUUCAUGCUGAGGAGACAUCGCAGCGUCUUCAUAGCAUGUAGCCCAUACCCUUGUACUUAUCGCAUUCCAAGCGUGUUCCUGCGCUGUUGUUGGGUGGAUUGGCCCUGGAUCAGCAUCACAACGAUCAUAUUUACGAAAAGC